UAGGCAAUCCCAUCUGUAUCAUCUCUUGGAAAUGUUGCUGAUUGCUACCUAGUAACUUAGGUGGACAGCUUUGAAAUGUAUAGCCUAAGUUUUGCUGUUCAUUGUGCAAACUAUUCUUUUUUGUCACAAUCAGCUCCUUUUUUUGCACGCAUAUAUUGUUUUCUGUAUAUAUGCUAUUUAGAUUUAACUCUCUUCUAAGACUUUCAGCUUGUCUGAAAAACAACAAAGUUUAUAACUAUUUUGAAGCUAUAAUUAACAUUCCUUAAAAGAAAAACUUAAUAUAGCAAAGACUGUGGAAAGUAAUUACCUACCGUAUUUUUUGUUUUCCAGCCAUUUUUUGCCUUUUUUUUUCCUUUGGAUCUCUCUACAGAUUGUUAGAAACUAAGAUAUGUUUUCUUACCUCAUCAUUUUUUAGAAUCAUGUCAUGGAAGUUUUUACAUCAAAAAAAAGAAUUAGACAGGAUAAAAAUAUAUAGUACACAGUAUUAAUUUUAUGAGAAUUUUUUUGCCUAGGUGCUUGAAAUUCAAUAGGAGAACGUUCUUAUCUUUGGAAUUUACUUCUAAGAUUUUUUUUCUUGAACUCCCUUCUCUAUUGUACAGUAUUAUUUUUGCUCUUAAAUAUCUGACGUAACAGUGUAGCUAGUCUAUUAUCAUUUUUUCUUAAAAUAUUCUGGUUAGAAAUUUUCUGAAAGGUACCUAAUGCUAACAAAAAAUCCCUAUUGUGCUCUGUAUUGUUCUCUGUGAUGUUUUUGGAGUAAGUCUUGAAGGGGACAUAAUCUAAAACUCUUGACAGCCACUGGUACAAGGUAUUUUUUCCUGUAGUUCUCAUAACUUCUCUUUCUCUCCACGUUUGGAGUUGUUGUUUGGGGGUUUUUUCCUACUUCUUUUUUUUCCAAAGUAGGGGAAGAAAAUGCUAUUCUGUCCUUCCCUUUUCAGGAGCAUUGAAAACCUCGGGAUAAUUUCAUGCUUCCUCAGUUAGGUCCCACCUGGCUUCUACUUUAUCCACAGAGAAUAUGGAGGGGUUCUUUACAUCAAAGCAGAAUCAUUACCUUAAAUUUUUAGAGGUAUCCUUCGGUUACUUUCUCACAAGCUUUUCAGUAGACAUUGCCCUUUGAAGGAAUAUAAACUUUUUUAGAGGUCACCUGCUUCAUCGAGUCCCAACUCUUGUCUCGUUUUUGCCACCAUCCAGUGUGCUCGCUUCUGGAGAGAAUAGACGAGGCAGUAGGUGCAGGCAAGUUAGAUGACAGAGUAUAUGUUUCUACCCCUUGUUGUUUGAAAAGUGAUAUUCUGGAAGGGACAGAAUUAUUCCAUAAUGCAAAAUGAACUUGGAGAGAGGAUAGACUAAAUGACAUGCUUGGUUUUGUUCUCAUUAUGUCUUUCAGUUGCAGUGUGUAUUUUCUUACCAUUCUGUUAUGAAUGGCUUUAAUUAUAUCUAAGUAGAUAUUACUUGCCCAAAGGAUGGGCUCACUGUCUGUGUAGCUUGAUUUUCUGACUUCUGUCCUCAGCAUUGUACUGUGGCCUGAGACCAGCAAUCAUUUCAUGUCUUUUUAAGCGUUUACAUAUUUUCAAGUAAGUACUUUCUUUAUGUUCCAAGUUUUUAGUGUGAAAGGGUUACAAUCUAAAAACAACAACAACAAACAAGCAAACAAAAAACCGGAGGAGGAUGCUGAAGUGGAGGGGAUGCAGUAUAAGACACUAAGAACGUUUCAUCAUGGAAUCCGAGUUGAUGCCAUAGCAUGGAGUCCAGAAACUAGACUUGAUGCUUUACCUCCCCAGUUAAGAUUUGGUACUGCAGCUUCUGAUAGGAAGAUAAGGCUAUUUACUUCAGACCUUCAGGAUAAGAAUGAAUAUAAGACAUUUGAUGGCCACUCAGAUUACAUUAAUGAUCUGGUGUUUGCUCCCAAAGAAGGUCAGGAAGUUGCAAGUGUGAGUGACGAUCAUACCUGCAGGGUCUGGGAUUUGGAAGGAAAUGAGAAGGCCCAUUUUGUUUUGCGUUCUCCUGGAAUGAGUGUUUGCUGGCAUCCUGAGGAGGCUUUUAAAUUGAUGGUAGCAGAGAAGAAUGGAACGAUACGAUUCUAUGACCUGAUUACCCAGCAGGCCAUUCUGUCUCUGGAGUGUGAACAAACGCCACUGAUGUCAGCCGACUGGUGUUUAAAGAAUCCUCUUAAAAUUGGAGCUGUUGCUGGAAGUGAUUGGCUAAUCUGGGACAUCGCUCGCUCCAGUUAUCCACAGGAUAAGAGACCUGUCCAUGUGGAUCGAGCCCGAUUAUUCAGAUGGUCCCGAGUGAAUGAAAAUUUGUUUGCAACCACUGGCUAUCCAGGAAAGACAACUACUCAACUCCUGGUUCAUCAUUUAGGACAUCCCCAGCCCAUUCUUAUUGGCACUGCAGCUGUAGGAUCUGGUUUGACAUGGCACAGAACUCUUCCAUUAUGUGCAGUUGGAGGAGAUCAUAAAAUUUUCUUUUGGGUGACUGAAAUGUAAAAUAAACAUUUGUUUUGAUUAUUAAACUUUACACCAUAAUGUCCUUUCUGCAGUAAAACAUAAAGGAAUUUACUCUUUGUACUGAUAUUUAUUCACCAAGAGAACAAAAGAACGAAAAGUACAAAAACUUUUGUGUUUGAUUUUUAGGUUGUGAAUAUAACAGUUCAUAAAAUCAGAUAUCAUGCACCUGGUACUUGCUUAUUCUUCCUUAAAAUAAAAUGUACAAAGCUUUUUUUUUUUAACAUUGUGUUUGGCAUGAAAUGAAUUUUUAAGAGGGGUUUUGGUGGUGUU